AUGAUGAUGCUGGACAUUCGAAUAGCGGCUUUUGCUAUUCUCAGUGCUGUUGUGUUCUUUGGCACGACGUACUCGGUAACUAACAGCACGUUCCUCGACACGUCCAAUCCGCUUCUCACUCAUCUCCCGCACCCACUCCAUGCCACGCACUAUUUUGCAUCCAAGGCGAACCCACUAAACGUUUACUUCAUCAAACGCGUUUGGGGGUGGACUUCACUAGCGUUCCUCGCUCAUUUCUUCACCAGCCCGCGCGCUGCACGAACAUCCGAACGCGUAUACCAGUAUCUCGCCGCGACCGCGGUCUGGCUGGCCUUUGCCAGUUGGUUUUUUGGUCCAUCCUUGAUUGACCGUCUGGUGGCGUCCACUGGCGGCGAAUGCGUGCUCAACCUCCCCUCGGGCGCAAUCGUCACCCUGCCGAACGAGUACUGCUUCACGAAGUCCAGCAUUUCCAUCUCCACGCAUUCAAGUCUAUUUCCUGCGUCGCUCAUUAUUCCUGAGGAUAGUUGGAAGGGCAGGCCCAGACUACGCCGAGGGCACGAUGUAUCGGGGCAUAUUUUUCUCCUUGCCAUGUCCAUCCUCUUUCUCGUGGACCAGCUUCGGUUCUCUUUCACAACGUUGUCAGCUACUGGCCGCUCGCAGGUGUGGUCGAGAGCGCAUAGAUGGGCCGUUGCGGUGACGGCCUUCGUCAUUAGCUUAGCAAUGUUCGCAUCCUAUACGACAAGCGUGUACUUCCACACACCUAUCGAAAAAUUCACGGGCUACGUACUGGGAGUCGGUGGAUUCGCUAUCACUCAACUCCCAGUAUUUCGACCCGCUCCUGAAGUGCGUGUGACUGCGCUCAGCGAAUUUGCUGCCGUGCAGAAUGACCAGGGCUUUAAGAAAGAGGCUUGA